AUGGCGUAUGUGUUGAGAAAAAUCUUCGAACUCUACAUCUACUUCAAUGAAGAAGUCAGCGGUGAGUGCUCGGGUGAUCUUGUGGUGAUAUACCCCAGAGUGUAUCCAUGGCCCAUGAUGAAGAAUCCCUUUUACACGAUCGCCGUGCUCCUGUUGUAUCUGCAGUUCGUCCUGAGAUGGGGACCACGUUUCAUGGAAAAGCGACAGCCAUUCAAUCUCAGAUACAUCAUGAUAGCAUUUAAUGCAGCGCAGAUAGUGCUAUGUUUUAACCUACUGCUCGACAGUCUCCGGCUCUGCUACUUCCAGGGCUACAGUUUGCUGUGUGAGCCCGUGGACUACGCCACCUCCGAGAGGGCAGUAGCCAUCGCCAGGGGAUUCUACACAUAUUACCUCCUGAAGAAUCUUGACCUGCUCGACACGGUAUUCUUCGUUCUGCGAAAGAAGCAAAACCAAGUAACCUUCCUGCAUGUAUAUCACCACACAGGCAUGCAAUUGUUAGCCUGGCACUCAGUCAAAUACCUUCCGGGUGGACACGGCGCGUUCAUGGGCACUCUCAAUUGCCUCGUUCACGUCAUUAUGUAUUUCUACUACCUCCUCAUGGCAAUCAGUCCCCGCUACAAGGGCAGCCUGUGGUGGAAGAAGUAUUUGACCCAGCUCCAAAUCUUCCAAUUCUUCGCCAUCCUCAUGCAUUGGCUCGUGCUUAUUCCCAGCGACUGCGGCUAUCCACGCUUCCCGGUCAUCAUCAUGGUACCGCAGAAUCUCUUCAUGUUCUUCCUAUUUGCCGACUUCUACUACCGCGAGUACAUACGUAAGAAGCCAUCGGGUGUGGUCGUGGCGAAGAGAGAAAUAUUCAUGGCGACAAUUAUCGGAGACAUCAAAUCCAAGUAUGAAGAGAUGAUGGUCGGAAUAGAUCCUGAAAUCGACAAUUGGCUCUUUAUGCGAUCACCACUACCCGUCUUGGGCAUUAUUAUGAUUUACCUGUACUUUGUCCUCAAGUUGGGACCGCAGCUCAUGGCAUCGCGGAAGCCUUUCCACAUGAAGAGACUCCUAGUCUUUUACAACUUCUACCAAGUGAUCUUCUCAACGUGGCUCUGUUUCCAGGUUCCGGCACCGUCCAAAGACAAAACUCUGCUCAUUUCACUAAUGAUCUCCACAUUUUACAGGCAGUUCAGGUGGACAAUAGCAUGGCGUGCAUCUUGGUGGUACUUCUUUUCGAAGCUCGUUGAACUCUUGGACACGGUAUUUUUUGUGUUGCGCAAGAAGCAGAAUCAAAUCUCCUUUCUUCACGUCUACCAUCACUCAUUGACGGCCAUUGGGUCUUGGUGGCACCUGAAAUAUCUGCCAGGGCCGCAAUUUCUCGUCAUUGGUUUCCUGAACUCAUUUGUUCACAUCGUCAUGUACUUCUACUAUAUGAUCGCGGCCAUGGGGCCCAAAUAUCAGAAAUUCCUGUGGUGGAAGAAAUACCUCACCACUCUCCAGUUGGCGCAGUUCUGCGUGAUGCUCUUCUAUCUCACCAUGAUCGCGAUAAUGGACAGCAAAUUGCCACGUUCUCACACCUUCUUCUUCAUCACCAACGUUAUUAUCUUCCUGUAUCUCUUUGGAGAUUUCUACAAGAAGGAGUACAACAAGAAGCACCAGAAGAAGCUCGCGAACAAAGAUAAGAAUUCAAACUCAAUAGCACAACUUACUCAACUUAAAGACAUGAUCGAUCAGAAUGAGCAGAAGGUUUAUUUACAAAACAAGACAAUUAAGAAUGGUGACCAAAAAUUGCUUUAA